UAAAUAUUAGGAAAAAAUUAGUAAAAAAAUGGUAAAGGAUUACAAAUAAAAUUAUCUAACAGUUAAUAAAGUGCAUCAAAAAAUGAAAAAUCAUUAAGACAGAGAAAGUGUAAAAUUUUGAAAAGGUUCUAUUUUAGUUCAAUUCGAUUUUUUAUAAUUUGAUUUCAUUAUAUUUGUUAAUUUAAUUUUAAUUUAAAAUUACUACGUCAAAUAUUUAUUUAUAUUUGAUUUCAGUAUAAUUUAAAUUUUUUAUAAUUUAAGCUUUUACCAUUCAACAAAACCUCAAAUAUUUAUUUAUAUCAACAUCUCAAAAUAAUUCUCUUAUUCAUAAAGUAGGUAUACAUUAAUUUAAUAUAUAAAAUUAUAUUCAAUAAUAAUUUUUUUUCAAUUUAACAUUUUAUUAGUGUGAAAAUAUAUGUUAAUAUAACGUAACUCAUUUGAAAGGCAAGCUCAGUAGCAUUAACACACAAAUUUGUAUGCGCCUUGAAAUUUUCUUUUUAGAAAAUGAAUUUCAUUAAUCAAAAGCGAUUAUUUGUGAUUUAAUACAACAAAAAAAUAUGAAUUGAACAAAAAUAUUUGAAGCAAAUAUUAAAAAAUAAUUAAAAAAAUACUAAAAAAAUUCAUAAACAGAGAGCAGUGGCGCUGGCGCACGAGUAAAGUGCUCUUUUCUUUUAAUCAAAUUCAAAACCCAGAAAAAGAAAACAAAGCUAAAAAGCAAAAAGCGUAGCACUACUGAGAUUACCUUUUUGACGGUAAGAAGAAGAGUCUUGUGGGAGAAGCUAAGCUCAGUGUUCUAUUAUUACAGCCCCCACUAACUAUUAUCUCUCCUUUUGUCCAUUAAUUAAGGGCAUUUCAAUAAUUAAACUAUCUGGUACCACAUUUUUACGCGGUGAACCAAAAGGGAAAAAUUACUGUCCACGUUUGGUUAUUAUACUAUACGCCGCAGCUCUUUCCCUUACUAUACGGCCGCUUAAAUGAUUAAUCAAUCCCACGAAUGAUAAAGCGACACCGAAGCUCCCAAUAUCACGCGAGAGUCACGUGAUGUGCUUGGAUUGGAUCACCCCUGUAGUCCAUUUGUACAAAAAGAACACAGUAAAAUAAACAAAAUUUAGCUGAGCAAGAAAUAUCAGUAGGCGAAUAGCCAAUCAAAAUAACGACGACAACAACAACAAAAAAAACCCACAAAAACAAAAUAGCCUUCGUUAAGUAAUCGAAGAAGACGACGAAGAUAGACGAUUGUACUUACAGUGGACAAGGAUUCGACGUUUUUUUUUUAUGUUUUCUGGAAUUAUUUAAAGAAAAAGGUGUAGUUGUAAAAGAGUUUUAGAGGUUAGGGUUUAUCUGAAGGGAGUUAUGGAAGUGUUGACGAUGGAAACUUUACCUUUAGGAUUUAGAUUCAGGCCGACUGAUGAAGAACUUAUCAAUCACUACCUUAGGUUGAAGAUCAACGGUCGUCAUUCCGAAGUCGAGGUCAUUCCUGAAAUUGAUGUCUGCAAAUGGGAGCCCUGGGAUUUGCCUGGAUUAUCGGUAAUAAAAUCGGACGAUCCGGAGUGGUUCUUUUUCUGCCCUCGUGACAGGAAGUACCCCAACGGCCACCGUUCCAACAGAGCAACGGAUAAAGGUUAUUGGAAAGCCACGGGGAAGGAUCGAACCAUCAAGUCCAAAAAGUCACUUAUCGGCAUGAAGAAGACCCUGGUUUUCUACAAGGGCCGGGCUCCCAAGGGUGAGCGUACUAACUGGAUCAUGCACGAAUACCGCCCCACUACCAGGGAACUUGAUGGCACGGCUCCUGGCCAGAGUGCUUUUGUUUUGUGUCGAUUGUUUCAUAAAGUAGAAGGGAGGAAUGAUAUUGUGAAAUAUGAUGAAGUGGAACAAACAGGAUAUUCCCCUGCCAUGAUAAAAUCAUCUCCUGAUGAUACUUCAUCGGAUCUUCUCCAAGAUACUGUUUCAUCCGAUACGCAAGCUCAAAAGCCUGAUAACUUAAUGCAAAAUGAUCAAAUAACAGGUGAUACUAGCAGCUGCAAUAGUCAUAUGACUUCUAAUGCUGAUUAUCAUGCCACAGAAGAAACUAUGGUGGAGAAAUAUCCGCUCCUGGGAAGCAAUUCAAAUUUGUAUGAGCCCAAUUAUGGUGAAAUUGACUCCAAAGUCUUUUCACCACUAAUGAACUCGCAACUUUUUGAAGAUCUGUCCUUAUUCGUGGAUUCUCCUUAUGCAAAUGAUUUUGGUCAUGAUCAAAAUGGAUUUCAUUUCCAGGAUGGGACUAGUGAACAAGAUGUAUCGUUUCCUUUCUUGGAUGACAUCUUGAGUAACCAUUAUGACUCUUGUGAAGAGUCAAACACUCAAAAGAACUUGGUUGAUGGAACAGAGAUGCCUUUGUUUGGUGAUUCAUUCAUCUCAAAGCCACCACCACCAGAAAUCUCAUAUCUCAAAGAAAAUGGCAGACCUGCUGACACGGACACUGAAAUGCCACAAUUACAGUUUGGUACGGACGUUGGAGCUCGUAGGUGGCUUGGUGGGCCUAUUGAUAACAAUCAAUCACUGCAAAUGCAAACUUCUUUCGAACCUACCCAUACUCAACCAGCAUUUUAUAACCAAGAGUACAGAACCAGGAAUAUUAGUGGUCUUGGAAAUUAUUCUGUUGGCCAAGGAACUUUUACUGAUUCUGCAAUGGGUAAUAUCAAUAAUUUGCAACAGUUAACCAGUCUGAAAAUUCAUGUGAAUAGUGGUGGUGAUCUUGGUGGUGAUAUUGGAAUGAAGACUGGAACAUGCCAGCCACUAAAACAGUUAAAUUCAGAAAAUUUUGGAACUCGUGGAGCUGGAAUCAAGAUUAGGACCCGUGGAUCUCAGCAACAACCAAAUUCAGACAUUGUAAAUCAAGGCACUGCUCCCAGAAGAAUACGCUUGAUGAAACUUUCUAGUGGGCCAAUGAAAGGUUCUGUAGGCUGUGUCGAUGGUGGAAAAAUGAUGAGCACUGGCCUUGUUGAAGAAGAAGAAGUUCAGUCUGCUCUAACUGAGGUCACAGAAGCUGAAGCUGCAGAACAGACUUCUAGCUCUGAUGAGUCAGAGAAGAAUAUUGUAAAUCAAGUCACUGCACCAAGAAGAAUACACUUGCAAACGAAACUUUCCACUGGGGCAAUGAAAGGUUCUGCAGGCUGUGUCAAUGGUGGGAACAUGACUAGUCCUGGCCUCGUUGAAGAAGUUCAAUCUGCUCUUACUGAGGUCACAGAAGCUGAAGCUGCUGGGCUGACUUCUAGCUCAGAUGAGUUAGAGAAGAAUAUUGUAAAUCAAGGCACUGCUCCAAGAAGAAUACGCCUGCAAAUUAAUCUUUCUACUGGACCAAUGAAAGGUUCUGCAGGCUGUGUCGAUGGUGGGAGCAUGACAAGUCCUGGCCUCGUUGAAGAAGAAGUUCAGUCUGCUCUAACCGAGGUCACAGAAGCUGAAGCUGCAGGACAGACUUCUAGCUCUGAUGAGUCAGAGAUGAAUAUUGUAAACCAAGCCAUUGCUCCUAGAAGAAUACGUUUGCAACUUUCUACUGGGCCAAUGAAUGGUUCUGCAGGCUGUAUCGAUGGUGGGAACAUGACAAGUCCUGGCCUCGGUAAAGAAGAAGUUCAGUCUGCGCUAACUGAGGCCACAGAAGAUGAAGCUACAGGACAGAUUUCUAGCUCUUGCAAGACUUCUAGCUCUGAUGAGUCAGAAGUAGAGAACCGGUUCCUCAAAUUUGAAGGCAGCAGGGAUAUUGCUGAUGAAUCUUAUUCAAAACCAAGGCUGCGGGUAAAACAGGUAGAUGAGCAACAUAGCUGCAGCCAAAAGGGUCCAUCAUUGCACUUAAAGCCAGCUCCUGCACUUCAUCGCCCAAACUCCCUAUUAGUUCCUGGUAUAGCCAUUUUCACUAUUACUCUCUUGUUCGCUCUCUUCAUGGGGAUAUGGUUAUGACUUGGAUCUUGACUUCUUGAUGGUGUUCAAACAGGCCGUAUGUAGGUAGGUAGACUGUUGCCCCCUUUUUUGUAUCUUGUAGGAAAUAUGAUCAAGUUAUGUACAUUGUGCCCGAUGUGUAUGCACAUGCUUUGAAGAAUACGUGAGAAUGCUUUGUAUAAUAUGUUGCACAAUGGCCUUUGGUUUUACUGCUGGCCUAGAGAGUUGUCUUAAUGUGUAAUAUGUAGGGAAAAGAGUGUUCUUUUUUACCAUCAAUCUUCGCCACAACAAUGCCAAAACCUUAUUGUAGAUGAAUUGGCCGGUAACAUAUUCACUGCUGGUAACAUUAGCUGAAAUCAGAUAAGCUGUACGGUUGAGUAAUGAAGUUUCCAAUCUCAAAAGAAAA